AUGUCUCUGCUUCCGAUUUCAAUCGUCUCGUUUCUCUUCGUCUUCUUCUCCGUUGCUCCGCCGUUCAUCACCGCCGCUACGAAUGACGAUUUACCGACGGCUUACUCUCUCCUCCAAAGCUACAAUUUCCCCGUCGGAAUCCUUCCUAUAGGAGUCGUAUCAUACGAUCUGGAUAAAUCCACGGGGAAAUUCCACGCGUACUUCAACAAUUCGUGUAGUUUCGCUCUUGAAGGUUCGUACCAAUUGGAUUACAAGUCGACAAUCUCUGGUUACAUAUCGGAGAACAAGAUCACGAAGCUUACCGGCGUGAAGGUGAAGGUUUUGUUCUUGUGGUUAAACAUCGUUGAGGUUACCAGGAAAGGAGACGAGCUCGGAUUCUCCGUCGGGAUUACAUCGGCGAACUUCGCGAUCCAAGAGUUUUACGAGUCGCCACAGUGUGGUUGCGGAUUUGAUUGCAAAGAUUCGAGAUCGAAAUCGGAGGAAUUGGGAAGAAACCCUUUUGUUUCUUCGAUUUGA